AUGUCGAAACCACUUGUUGACGUUGACGCCAACCCGCGACAACCUGGCUUCAGGGCCAUCAAGGACAGUUCAAAGAUCCCGAGUCCACCCCAAUUCCAGCGGUCUAGUCGCACUGGUGGUCGCAGCCCUUUUUCUGUGAGCACAACUGGAUCGCCUUGCUACACAGUCAUGCCUCAAGCUACCGAAGUCGUAGUGUCGCCCACGCCCACAUCUAGGCUCCCGCGCAAGUCGACGCCAACGCAGAGCGCUUUCUCCAAAAGUUACACGUAUGGCACUGGGCAUGAGACACCGCGCUCAAGCUUGUCACGAUCUCGAGCUGGCCUCAAGCAGUCUGCUAUCGCUGUUCCCCUAAGCUCAGACUUUGACAAGAUGUCUCCUUCGAUGGGCCGCAACAAGCCUCUACCCAGCCCGCCAAUCGCGCAGUUGGUGAACCCACAGAGUCCGCCCAAAGCCCAGCGCACGCUUGUUGAUGCCGAGGCCGGCAGCCCUACAGAAGAUGAGUGGCCUAUCUUACAGCCGGAGAACAUCUCAUUAUUGAAAGCACCCGCGCUUUCAGCAAGCGAUGGUUUGCAACAGCGAGUUGUGUCUGAAGAAUCAGUGCUCCGCCGCAACAGCAUCCCCAUGCUAAAGAGCCGAGUAACCACACCCUCCUCCGUGGAGAACCGCACACCAUCUCAAAAGAGCUCUCAGUCAACCGCAGAAGAUGACUCGAGUCAUAAGAUAUUCAGACAAAUGACGGAGCCUCGAACCUUCGGCUUGACGAACCCUUGCGUGAACUCGUUUCAUGCGUUCUCUACCAACACCGAAGUCGCAAUCCGCAGUCCGCUUGCUUGCAAGCGCCGUACUCCACCAUCGGUGCUGAUACCACCCCGUAUAAGUUCCAAGCGUGGUUCUUUACCCAUUUCAGGCAAGACGCAUAACGAGGUACCCAUACCGCAUGUGUCUGAUCCAUCUCGGUUGGUCAAGUCGUGCUCUACCAAGUGCCCAGUACUGGAGACGGCAGCUGGCCUUCCUCUAAGUGGCCAAUUACCCACUGAAGAGCUCGAAACUGAUAAACAGCAGCGUUCUCUUGGAACUAAGCAUGGUGAACUCGCGUUUCCUGGCACAACACCUGCGACAGAAUCUCACUACGGUUCGAUUGAUAGCAUUUCUAUGUGGAGCUUGGCCGCCGGAUCAUCCCUCGACGAUGAGCCAGAAGCCUACUACGAAGGCAGCGUUCGUGUAAGGCGUCUAUCGACUAACCCAUUUUCUGGUCCUAUCUUGAGAAUUUCUGCAGAAGCAGACGCAGUACUUCUUGGCCGAGAUGACUCCAUGCCUGCCGUCCCAGCAUUGCCAGAGCAUGUUCCCGAGAAGACUUCACAGGAACGCUCCCUCGGUACCUUGGCUAGACAUGUUUGCAAUCAAGAUUUAGUCAAGGUAAUUCCCAGCACUGGCUCGCGCUCACUGACGCCUUCGUCAGGAGAGAUGGAAGGGAACGAGAGCACGCCUGUUAAAAUCACGCCAAUCAGGUCGAUGCAGCCACCACGCAACCCAAGCAACGGAGACUUCUCGAAGAUGUCGACUUCGCCUGCCGGGCUCGUGCCUAUAGAAAUCGGACAAGAUGAGCAAGUUGGAGACUCAUCGCCAGAUAACUCUUGUGACUCGUUCAAAGUUUCACAAGAAACGCCUUUGUCCCAGGCCAAGGCGAAAUCCAAAGAUCAGAUUCCGAAUGAAGUCCAAAAGCAUAGCUAUGUAGGUCGUAUGCAUCACCUGCACGUACCGGAGCUAAACUCUGCUCAGGAGGCUGGUAACUACUCAACAACGCUUCAAGUGGAGAUCCCGCAGAGAGCCAUGCAAGUGAUGGGUACAGACGGUGGCCUUUCCAAGUCAUCGGCACGGAAACGCUUGCCCAUGACUUGGAUGAUGCCCAAAGGUGCAGCUUCGACGGCAAAGAAGGACAACGUAGGACGCAGUAAGACUAGUCCGUUGCUACUGUCAGCCGAGCGUCUCAACAAUCAAGCAUCGGCUUCCUCAACUCGUCCGCCCAGCUCCUUCUCAUCGAGCUUUGCACAACCAAGCCCAUCGCAUGCUGACGUACACCGGCUAGUUCCGCCUAGAUUGGGAGCGACAGUUGGCUCUCCUCACGCGAAUGACUGCAGCGAAGGCGUCCGAUACUCUGAGCAGAAUGUAGCAGAUGCUGCCUUGAAGAUCAAGGCUAAGCGCAGCUUUCGAGACAUCUUCCAUAGACGUGAUCCUAAGCCAACAUCACAGCCAGCUAAGAAACUGGAUUCAACGCGCUCGUCUAUCGUGGGAAGUGUCCUGACCCAGCGAAUCAGGACUUCGACGAAUUGUCCUAAGGGCAGCCUUGCAAGAUCAGAUGCUGUCAACGCAGAAGCUAAGCACAGCAUUACUACCUCACUAAGCAAUGACGCGGUUGGUACAGAGUCUAAUCGCCAAGCAGCUCUUGCUACUCUUGACCCCAGUUUGCCGGACAUCUCUUCACGACCUGCGCCUGUUGCUCAAUAUGAUACUGCAACUGUAGUCCACAAGAUUCUCGACCACGUCACAUCGAUGGGAGCAGACUCUCCGGAUCGAUUGCGUGGUCUUGAGAUUGCAGAGGCUGUCUUACAUGCUGUCGAGUGCUCCCAAGAGGCAUCAAUGAGCGCCGAGCUAGCCAGGAAACACGCAUGCGAUGCAGAACUAAGUGCCGAACGUGCUGGCGUUGAGCUGAAGCGGCUGGUGAAGCUGUGUGAACAUGGCUUUGAUAGCGAGACACUGCGGGCGAUGAAGCAGCUGAUCACAGCCUCUGGUGUCGCCAGGCUCUCGGUAUCAGCUGAGGAGUAA